GCGAUGCUACGUCCGGCGCGAGGUCACGUGACGCAACUGCCGGCGGACAGGAGAAAGGGGCGGGGCUCCGGGUGGAAGGGCGUGUCGGCGCUCUACCCUCUGGUCACGCGCAGCAGGAAGUGGCGCCCGAAGCGGAUUAUUCGAGAUGGGGACCACUCUGGACAUUAAGAUUAAAAGAGCAAACAAGGUGUAUCAUGCCGGGGAGAUGCUCUCCGGCGUGGUGGUCGUAUCUGGGAAGGACGCAGUCCAGCACCAGGGAGUCUCCUUGACAGUGGAAGGAACCGUGAACCUGCAGCUCAGUGCCAAGAGUGUGGGUGUGUUCGAAGCGUUCUAUAAUUCUGUUAAGCCUAUCCAGAUCAUCAACAGCACCGUCGAAAUGGCGAAGCCAGGAAAAUUCCCUAGUGGCAAAACCGAGAUUCCUUUUGAAUUUCCUCUCCACGUGAAGGGCGCCAAAGUUCUGUAUGAGACUUACCACGGCGUGUUUGUCAACAUCCAGUACACUCUGCGCUGCGACAUGAAGCGGUCCCUGCUGGCCAAGGACCUGACAAAGACCUGUGAAUUCAUCGUUCACUCGGCUCCACAGAAGGGAAAGCUGACCCCAAGUCCUGUGGACUUCACCAUUACACCCGACACCUUGCAGAAUGUCAAAGAGAGAGCCUUGCUCCCCAAAUUUCUCAUCAGAGGACACCUCAACUCAACCAACUGUGUCAUCACCCAGCCUCUCACAGGAGAGCUGGUGGUGGAGAGCUCGGAGGCCGCCAUCAAGAGCAUCGAGCUGCAGCUGGUCCGCGUGGAGACGUGCGGCUGUGCAGAAGGCUAUGCCCGCGAUGCCACUGAGAUUCAGAACAUCCAGAUCGCCGAUGGGGACGUGUGUCGGAGCCUCUCUGUGCCCAUAUACAUGGUCUUCCCCCGGCUGUUCACCUGCCCGACGCUGGAGACCACCAACUUCAAAGUGGAGUUCGAGGUCAACGUUGUCGUGCUGCUUCACCCCGACCACCUCAUCACGGAGAACUUCCCGCUGAAGCUCUGCAGGAUGUAGGCCGGGAAUGGCCCGAGCGGCCAGGCGGACCUGCAGCCGUGGCCGACUGUGGGAGCCCGAGGCGGCAGUGUUGAACUCGUCUUCUUGAUGGCUCUGGAUCAGGAACGAGGCGGACCCUUCUUCCUCUUUCCUCGGGGCCCCUGCUCCCAGCGGCACCUCUAAUCAGAGCCUCCUCGGAAACGCAUCAGGAUCUCUUAGCGGAGCCGGCAGGGUCGUCGCCCGGAGCACCUUUCCCGGGACUCCCGACUAACCUGCUCCUUCUUAGGUUCAGGAAGCAGUUGUCCCAGAGUCUGACCUUUGCUGGAAAGUGAGCCCAGGGACAAAGGAAACCUGUGUGGCUGAUGGGUGUGGCCUGGGCUGUCCAUGGCACAGCGGCGUGGCAGGGCGGCGACGGGUGUGCGGGUGCUUGUGACCUCUGCACAUCCACUAGGAGGGUGCCGUGGCGUGGGGACAUGGGGCGUGUUUUCCACUCUCUUCUCUUAACAUGUUUCGUGGUAACGUCAGAGCCCUUAGGGGCCUGGGAAAGUGUGCCUUGCUCUCACGGGGGCAGGGGGUGAUGGCUGGCACUACAUUGCUGACAUCUCAGGAACCGCUGCCCUGCUCCCAGAAGAUGCGAGGUUGUGUAAGGGGAUAAAAAUGUGUGUCUGCGCCUACAGUUGUCAGCUGGGCUCUGAAUGGUAAGAAGCUGGCCCAGGCCGGUAGUCAAGGCCCGUCUACGCUGAGUAGGGCCAGAAAAACGCCCUGGACCGGCCGAACUUGGCCCGCCUCCACCCCACCUGCGGGGCCUGUGUUGGAGCCAAGGGGGAUUGGCACGAAGCCUUUUUCUCCCGCGCCUGCCCUUGUGACUGGUGGUGUGAGGUGGGCCUGUAAGGGCGCGUUUCUUCGUCACAUCCUGCCGUUGUCUCUGUGGUCUGCAGUUAGCGAGGCCUCAGAAACAAGCCCUCUGCAGCUGCCUGGCCGUCCCCGACACCCCUCUGCCUGGCACGCUUGGGCAGGGCGGCUCCUGCCGAUGGUCCCCUGGCGGUACUGUCGUUGUCCCAGGACAGGUCCAGUGACAUGUGAUGCUGAGGGCAGGCAACCUGACUCGGGAUCGGCUUACCUGUGCCGCUCGCCAGUGAAAUGGAUGCGGCUUAUUCACUGAGUCCUUGAGAAGAUGGUUCCCAGAGAAUACAUUUCUGGUUUAUAAUCAC